AUAAAUAAAUAAAUAAAAAUAGAAAAAGAUACGGUAAAGUUAACCGUAUUAAUUAAUUAAUUGUUCAGAAAAAGUAUUGUUAUUAAAAAAGGAAAAAGAGUUUUCUUUUUCGUAAUCUCCGAUUUGGCUCUCUAUUUUCUCUUUGCCCAAACAAACAAAACGACGCCAACGCCACUACUACUGGCACAGAAUAGAGAUAGAGAGAGAGAGAGAGAGAGAAAGAGAAAGAGAAAGAGAGAGAGAGAGAAAGAAAAAAAGCCGAAAAGCUUCGUAACUGACUUUCUAAUGGAGUUUGAUGCUCAGAUCUUGGACAAACCCUAACCAUUUUCUUACCGGAUUCUCUCUCAUUUCUUUCAAGAACCGCUUAUUGCUUUUUUUUUUUUUUUUAAUUCAUAAAGAUCAACAGCCACAAGGCUUCUUGUUCCAUUUCGAAUCUUCUUCGCGGCCGCCGCAUCUUUCACCGCCUUCGGUUCUUGGUUAAACGCGUUCGAGAAAUUUCUUUCUCUUUUUCUUUGCUUUCUUUAUUGAAUUGUCGAGGAUGAAAUUGUUAGGAUUGUGAUUUGGGAGAGGGGAGGGUAGUAGUGUAAUAUUUGAGAAGCAUUAUGGAUGAGAGAGGAGGUGGCGGUGGCUCAUUUGUGGCUGUGAGAAGAAUUUCUCAAGGUUUGGAACGAGGCAACACCUGCCAUUCAUCUUCUGCUGAGGUUGUGGCAGGAUCUGCUGCAUGGCUCGGUCGAGGUUUAUCUUGUGUUUGCGCCCAGAGGAGAGAAAGUGAUGCACGUCCUUCAUUUGACUUAACCCCUGUUCAGGAGGAAUGCUUGCAAAGACUACAAAACCGUAUAGAUGUAUCCUAUGAUAGUUCAGUUCCUGAGCAUCAGGAAGCUUUAAAGGCUUUAUGGAAAUCUGCCUAUCCUGAGGAAGAGCUUCGUGGUUUAAUAUCUGAGCAAUGGAAGGAAAUGGGAUGGCAAGGGAAGGACCCAUCAACAGAUUUUAGGGGUGGUGGUUUUAUAUCAUUGGAGAAUUUAUUGUAUUUUGCUCAGAACUUUCCGAAAUCCUUCCAGGAUCUUCUGCGGAAACAGGAGGGCGAUCGAUCAGUUUGGGAAUACCCAUUUGCUGUGGCUGGUGUGAACAUCACAUUCAUGCUUAUACAGAUGCUUGAUCUUGAAGCAGUAAAACCAAGGACCCUGGUUGGAGCAACUUUCUUGAAGUUUCUAGCAGAUAGUGAUUCGGCUUUUGACCUUCUAUAUUGCAUUACAUUCAAGCUAAUGGACCAUCAAUGGCUUUCUAUGCGCGCAUCAUAUAUGGAUUUCAAUACGGUGAUGAAAGCCACGCGUCGACAGCUUGAAAAGGAACUUCUGAAUGAAGACGUAGCACGACUUGAAGAGUUACCUUCCUACGGCCUGCUUUCACGAUAGAUUGAUCUUUCUGAAGUCCUUACAAGACGACGGCUUCAGUAGUGACACUUAUAUUUCUAACUAGAUGGUGUUUGUACAUGAUAAGGUGCUUUCCCAACUUCUCUGGCUCCUAGACAGCCUAUUCUGAUUCUGAUUCUGAUUGAUUCUCGGAAAAGGUUUUAGUUUCCUGAGUUGUAAGGCUAAAGUCCGGUGUGAAAUUUCGUUAAGGUUUAAAAGUUUGUUUUUUUAGGGCGGGCGGCAAAGAUUUGUGCCACGGCAUAUCAAAUUAUGCAAAAUAUUGCAGUACCAACUUAUAGGGAAUGUGGAAUGUAUUUCUGUUUCUUUUUUUUUUUUUUUGGCUUUGACUUGUGAUGAGAGCCACAUGUGUUUCUGGUCCUGAUGCUGAUAUAUAGCUAAAUCACCAAAAUAGCCACAGGAGGUGAAAACUGAAUUCCUUUGGCUUUUGGUUCUUGGUAUAGAGUAGAAGAACCAUACACUUUUAAACUCGUUAAAAUCUUCAAUCUCAAAUGUGUUUACUUGAA